GAUAUAAAACGAGAAACUCUUCGCUGCUUAUUACACGAAACCAAGGCUUCCGACGUUCAAGAUGGGGAAGCAUGUGAGAACAACAGUGCUUUUGUUAUAUGUGAUGGCUUUGGUGAUUGCCGUGGAUUUUCUUAAAACGAUUGUAUAUGAUAUGAGCUUGUGGACUUUAGAACCUUCAGCCAUUGAUAUUAGUACCCGUUCUCGACAACGAGGAGAAACUGCAAAGAACAAUACUAAUUACAACUCUAGAACACGUAAAGAAAUUGUAAACACGGAUAUUGGUUUCCUUUCUACAAUAGGAAAAGCUCCUCCGUGUAAAAGUUUCGACAGCAAUAGGUCUACAUGGCCUUCCUGCGAUGCAUUAUUUUCAGUUCGCAAUAAAAAUGGCCCCCCUCAGACUAUGAUGGUAUCCGUGAGUUUCGAGAGACUGGGCAAUGCUCACGGCGUAGGGCUACUUCCGGGGGGCUUGUUUCGACCAGUCGGGUGCACGCCGUCCCAGCGAGUGGCGAUUAUCGUCCCAUUCCGUGACCGGGUGGUCCAUCUGAAGACGCUUUUAAAUUGCUUACAUCCUAUGCUGAAGAGUCAGACGAUUGAGUACAUGAUAUUUGUUGUUGAGCAGUCACCAGUUUCAGUCUUCAAUCGGGGCAUGGUCAAGAACAUUGGUUUCGUCGAGGCUCGACGGCUGUGUGAUUUUGACUGUUACAUCUUCCACGACGUCGACCUGCUCCCCCUGGACUACAGAAAUACGUACACGUGCAGUGAGAUGCCGAGGCACCACGCCGCAUCCAUUGACAGAUUUAAUUACACCUUACCGUACAGGAAUAUUUUCGGAGGUGUGGUGUCGUUUCGUCGUGACAUGUUUGAGAAAGUGAACGGCUACUCUAACAUGUACGUGGGGUGGGGCGGCGAGGAUGAUGACCUGGCCACCAGGGUCCAGCUAAAUGGAAUGAAUAUAGAACGCUACCCAAUGGAAAUUUCGCGCUAUAAAAACUUGAGACAUGCAAAAGACAAACCAAAUAAAGAAAGAAUGCAGUUGCUGGAAUCCAGUUACAAACGAAUGAAAACCGAUGGAAUCAACAGUUUGAUUUACACACGUCAUUUAAUGGAGUUUCGGCAGUUGUAUACAUGGAUAUAUGUUAGCAUAGACGACAAAUAUUAUAAACAUGUUCUGAUGUAACGUCAAGAGGACGGUUCCACAGGGGAAGAACAACUACUUUGAAUUUAACACAUUAUACAAAAAUUGCCUUAACAUAAAAACAAAUUCGUUAUAGUUUUUUUCCUACGUUUCGGCAAUAAAACACUGUACGAAAAUCCCAUAUUAAUAAACCAAUAUUCGAAAAUACUAUAUGAUAAAACACUGUAUGAAAAUCCCAUAUGAUAAAUCACUGUACGAAAAUCCCAUAUAAUAAAAUACUGUACGAAACUCCCAUAUAAUAAAUCAAUGUGCUCUAGUGGUGUCGUUAAACAAAACAAACUUUAACUCUUGCCUGGAGUCGGUUUGAUCUAGAUCUGUUUUCUCCUCAGGGUUUGACCGGAGUGUUCUGUUCUAAACUCAGUUGCCAGUAAUAUGUCUCCAACUAUAAAAUAUGAUAAUAUUUAUCUUGUUUUUCGGAAUAUCAGUUAAUGUUUCCGUUGCAACCAGGGGCGGGACGUAGCCCAGUGGUAAAGCGUUCGCUUGAUGCGCGGUCGGUCUAGGAUCGAUUCCCGUCGGUGGACUCAUUUGGCUAUUUCUCGUUACAGCCAGUGUUCCACAACUGGUGUAAC